AUGAAUUCCAUUAAUACAGAUGUUCUAAAGAAUGCCUUCUCUCUUCAAAAACACAAUUUAAUUUUUGCUAAUGAAGAAAUCAAUGAAGAAACCGACGAAGAAACUGAUGAAGAAACCAAUGAAGAAACUAAUGAAGAAGAUGAAGCAGAAACAUUGACAGAUGAGCUAGAACAAGAUGAUGACUUAUAUGUUAAUCAAGAAUCUAUUCAUAG